CACCUCUCCUGACAUACUGGUUAUCACCAGUUUUCCACUUGGGAGUUUUUUGGGCAUUACCAGAAAUGUUUGCAGCAUCGUGGAUCUGGGGAAUAGUGAUAAUAAUCUGUUGUGGGCUCUGGUUUCUUCUAGGGAGAAGGAGAAGGCGACCAGGUGAGCCACCACUUGAAAAUGGGUUCCUCCCAUACCUGGGCUGUGCCUUGCAGUUUGGUGCCAACCCCCUUGAAUUCCUCAGGGAAAAGCAGAGGGAGCAUGGCCACAUCUUCACCUGCCGUGUAGCUGGGAAAUACAUUCAUUUCCUCACCGACCCCUUUUCCUACAAUGCAUUGACACGCCAGGGAAAACACUUGGACUGGAAAAAGUUCCAUUUUGCUACUUCUGCCAAGGCUUUCGGGCAUGGUAGCAUUGACCCAGCAGAGGGAAACACCACUGAAAAUUUUCACCAGACUUUCAUUAGAACCCUUCAAGGUAAUGCCCUAGAUGCCCUCAUUGAAGCAAUGAUGGAAAACCUACAAUAUGUCAUGCUGCAGUCAAGAACAUCUAAACCUCAGUCUAAUGCCUGGGUGACAGAAGGACUUUAUACGUUCUGCUGCCAGGUGAUGUUUGAGUCUGGCUUUUUAACACUUUUUGGUAAAGAAUUUAGUUCAAAUUACGACAAAAAUCUAUCAUCAAAGCAGGAGACUGAGAGAGCUCAUAUCCUAAAUGCCCUGGAAAACUUCAAAGAAUUUGAUAGGAUCUUCCCAGCCCUUGUGGCUGGGCUGCCUAUCCAUCUCUUCAAGAGUGCCCACAGUGCACGUGAGAAGCUGGGAGAGGCACUCCUCCACAGGAACCUCCAGAAGAGGGACAACCUCUCUGAGCUUGUCACCCUCCGCAUGUUCCUGAAUGACACCCUCUCAACCUUUGAUGACAUGGAGAAAGCCAAGACCCAUGUGGCUGUGCUCUGGGCCUCACAAGCCAACACCAUUCCUGCCACGUUUUGGAGCUUGUUCUACCUUCUUAAGAAUCCAGAAGCAAUGAGAGCUGCUAUCAAAGAAGUAAGAAGUGUUUUGGAAAGUGCUGAAGAGAAAAUCAGCUUCGAUGCCAAACCUAUUUCCUUGAACAGAAAACAGCUGGAUAAUAUGCCAGUACUAGACAGCAUCAUCAAGGAGGCAAUGAGGCUAUCAAGUGCAUCCAUGACUUUUCGAGUUGCCAAGGAGGAUUUCACUUUGCACUUAGAGAACGAGUUUUACAACAUUCGCAAGGAUGAUAUUGUAGCUCUUUAUCCCCAGCUAUUGCAUUUUGAUCCAGAAAUCUAUGCUGAUCCCUUGACCUUCAAAUACGAUCGCUUCCUCAAUGAGGAUGGAGGAGAGAAGACUGACUUCUACCGCAAUGGUCGGAAGCUGAAGUAUUACUAUAUGCCAUUUGGGACAGGCGUAGCAAAGUGCCCUGGCAGGUUAUUUGCUGUCCAUGAAAUUAAACAAUUUUUGGCUUUGAUAUUUACGUAUUUUGAGAUAGAGCUCGUGGACAAUAAUGUGCAAUGUCCUUCUUUAGAUCAGUCUCGAGCAGGACUAGGCAUCUUGCAGCCAGCCAAUGACAUUGAUUUCAGGUAUAGACUGAAAUGCCUAUGAAUAAAUAAUUUAUAUUAUGCAUAUAAACUCUGUACUAUAUAAAUACACUAUAUAACAUAUACUUUAUGUACAUUUUAUGUAUAUAUGCAAAUGAAAUGCUGCAAGUCUGAGCAGAAAAGCUACAUGAAGAUGCUAAUUCAUCACUCCAAUGGAAAAUGCAUAAUGUAUACAAUUACAGUACCAGCAUGUAGUAGUUUUACUGCACAGUGUUGAUAAAAAUGUUUCCCCUUUUACCAACCAUUUGGAAAUGCAAGCUAAGAUUCUGAACUGUGCGUGUUCUUUUUUUUUUCCAGUCAGCAAAUGUUUUCUCAGAGUUAGUUAGAAUUCCAUUAGCUAAUUCAAAAUAAUUAACAGAAUUUAACUACAAGUAAAAUUGUUCUUUUUUAUAAUUUAAAGGCUGGGUAUGGUGGUUCUCCCCACAGGUGAAAUUAAAAUUUUGUUGCAUAAAGACAGCUUCUCUGUGGGUAGGAGAGAGUUUCCUGGGGAAUUACCAUUAUGGUUUUAUGAAAAACUAGAAAAAAUCUUUAAGAAAAACUCAAAAAAUGUUCACGUUCUAGUGAAACUGCAAACCUUGUAUCAUACUCAUUGUAAUAUACUUUGUUUCUCAAAGUUGUAACUGUUUUAAAAUAAAUUAUACUGGCUGAACCAAAUG